CCCCACGCAACGGAAACAGGCGUGGUCCAGAAAAAAGUUCGAAUUCCUCCGUCAUCCGCAGCCAAUCGGAUCAGGGCUUUUUGGCUGACGCAUGCGCGCUGCGUGCCCUCCAUUCACAGAAAUACGCAGCCGUCUCCGGGGAGGCCUUGUGCGUGCGUUGACGUCAUUAGCCGGUGGGGACCGGGGCCGGCUGACACGUGAUCGCCUGGUGCUCGUAGACGUCUUCCUCCCUUCCCCCUUUCUUGCGGUUUUUCGUUAUCAGACUCGACCCUAGUGACCAUGGGGGACGGAGAGAAGCUGAACCUGGACUCCAUCAUACAGCGGCUGCUGGAAGUGAAGGGAUGUCGCCCGGGGAAGAACGUCCAGCUGUCGGAGAAUGAGAUCCGGGGGCUCUGCCUGAAGUCUCGGGAGAUCUUCCUCAGUCAGCCCAUCCUCCUGGAGCUGGAGGCCCCCCUAAAGAUCUGCGGCGAUGUACACGGACAGUAUUACGACCUCCUCAGACUCUUUGAAUAUGGCGGAUUUCCUCCAGAAAGCAACUACCUCUUCCUGGGCGACUACGUGGACCGUGGCAAGCAGUCCCUGGAGACCAUCUGCCUCCUGCUGGCCUACAAGAUUAAAUACCCCGAGAACUUCUUCUUGCUGCGCGGGAACCACGAGUGCGCCAGCAUCAACCGCAUCUACGGCUUCUAUGAUGAGUGUAAGAGACGGUAUAAUAUAAAGCUGUGGAAGACAUUUACUGACUGCUUCAACUGCUUACCUGUCGCUGCUAUCGUGGACGAGAAGAUCUUCUGCUGCCAUGGAGGUCUGUCCCCCGAUCUGCAGUCCAUGGAGCAGGUCCGCAGGAUAUUGCGUCCCACAGAUGUCCCCGAUCAGGGGCUCUUGUGUGAUCUCCUGUGGUCUGACCCCGACAAGGACGUCCUAGGAUGGGGAGAGAACGACCGCGGGGUGUCCUUCACGUUCGGUGCUGACGUCGUAGCGAAGUUUCUUCACAAACACGACCUGGAUCUGAUCUGCAGAGCGCACCAGGUCGUGGAGGACGGUUAUGAAUUCUUCGCAAAGCGACAGCUGGUGACGCUCUUCUCUGCACCCAACUACUGCGGGGAGUUUGACAACGCGGGGUCCAUGAUGAGUGUGGACGAGUCCCUGAUGUGCUCAUUCCAGAUAUUGAAGCCUGCUGACAAGAAGCUAUUUGCUUACGGAGGCGUCAACCAGAGCCGCCCAGUCACCCCACCCCGAAACUCUGCCAAAAACAAGCAAAAGAAAUGAUGAGUGCCCCCCCACCUUCUCCCCUAUGUGGCCCCUUUCCCAUUAUCCCCUCCCCCGACACACUGACAUUGACCUCCCUCCAGGACUCCCGGGAUUCUCUUGCUCCUCGGAGGAGGGCUCUGACGGGCUGGGAGCCUUCAUGUUACCUCGCACUGACACAAGGGGCUCCAGGGAUUAAAGAACACCCCCGCUGGAGCCGUCUCAGCCUUAACUCUAUGGACCUGGCCGGCAGGAAGUGUCUGGCUCUGAGAUGUGCAGAGUCCAUUCCUCCUUGUGGUGCCUUACUGCAGUGUGGUGACUGUGCGGCUGACGCAAUCUCAGGGCUUUUUUUGCACACAGUAGCAAAAUCGCAUCCCUCCCCACCCCCGUCAAAGCCCCUUCCUCUGUACGGCUCGUACGGGACAGUCAGCCUGGUGUCUGCAUCCAUUUUACGUUGGCUUUUUUUCAAUGUUUUUCUUUUCUAAGCUGCUGAGGUUGGUAUUCUGUGGCACCACCAGUCUGGAUUGCUGGGGAUUGUAGUUCGGCAGCUGCUUAUGAGGCCACCGGUCUGUUUAUCCCUAUGAGAGGAAAUUGCCAUGUUUGCAGGCAGGGGGUCCCUAGCGGCGCCAUGUUUGCUGCUUAAACUUGGUGAUGAUAAAGCAGAGCCCCCUAUUUCCUCACUUGGGUACCUUCUCCAGGGCCCAGGUCUCCUUACCCUGUGCCCCUCUAGAUGUUGCGAGACUACAACUCCCAGGACUUGGCUGUCCGGACAUGCUGGGAGUUGUAGUUUUUGCAUCAGCUGGUAAGGCCCAGGCUGAAGAUCAAACAGUCAGAGCACUUGUGCUAGAUUCCUGUUCCUCAAGUUUUGGCUCUGCUUAAUCGAACGCCGCGAGGGGCACAGACCGGGUUUGUAAACUGGCAUUAUAGGGGGAGGUUGGCAUUAAAGGGGGGCACAAGACAGAGGGUAAACCAACCACUAUAGUGACACUCACUGCUGUAAUAACUCGCACUUGUCUCGCUCCUGGUUCUACAUCGAUCACUUGCUCCGGGUGGGCGGCACCCCCUUGUGUAUGUGACUGGUACUGCUGAAUAUAUACAGACGAUCUACCUGAAUGCUGCUGCAAUUUUUCUUAAUUUUAUUUUUUUUU